CGCCGGCUGCAGACCGAGAGCGCGCGCCCGCGGAGGGGGUCAUAUCCGCCAGCUGCCGCAGCUCCUGGGCGGGGCGGGGGCUGCGGGCUGCCAGUGCCGCCUCUGCUGUCCCAGGGCCUCGUCCGACGCCGGCCGGAUGCCGCGCGCCCGGGUGCUGCUCCUGCUGCUCGUGCUGCCCUCGCCAGCGGGCGCCGAGGUCGGGCUGCGCCCGUUUGGAGGCUAUCUAGUUCACGGCGGCCUGUCGGACAAGUUGCACUCGAGGGACGUGCUGGACGGCGGCGUCCCCGCGCCUGGCCGCACCUCGGGGCAGGCCAGGCGGCAGGGCGGCGGCCCCGAGGGGGUCCUCCUCGGCGCCGUCGGUGGCGCGGCGCUCCCGUCUGCGAACCUCGAGGAGUUUGAAGACGAGCCCGGAGCCGUACAGACGGUGACAGUGCUGACUGCGGGGGCGACCGAGCGAGACAUAGGCCCAAGGCGGAAAGAAGACGGAGGCGACGAGGAGGAGAGCGCUGAUGACGAAGACGAUGACGGUGAUGAUGAUGAUGAUGAGUGGGAAGAGCCGUACAAGCUGAUGAGCAGGGCAGACAAGGUUUGGUUACAGUGUGGUUGGAUCUUCAUCUUUAUCAGCAUCGUCGUGGGUCUCGUUCUGUACUCGUUCACAGACGACAUCCUUCUUUACAAGCCGGUGGGGUAUUCCGUCAGUGAGCCAAGUGGAGCAUUGGGUAGUAUCUACGAGGCCCUCUACGGCAACAGCACCCUCGCGCAGUCGUUGAACGCCGCAAUCGUGCUCCUUGCUAUACUGAACUUCUACACUUACGCAGAGAUCACCGAGGUAAAGCUGGAGCUAUGGUGCAUGCCAGGUGGGGACGCGAAGUACUUUGGGCCGGACGAGGGGAUGGACGGGGACAACAAAGACUUCAAGGGAGGAUGCUACGGAGAUGUCUGGGAACACGCUCAAGAGCUCCAGGAUGAAUUAGGUGAUGGUUGGCAGGCCAAAGCCUACGGCGGUAAACUCACGCUGAAUUUCGUUGUCGAGCUGGGCAGCACUCUGUUCUUCGCGGCGAUCACAGUGCUGCGGAUCGCGGUGAUUCACGUUGACCCAGAGUGGCAGCAUUACGGCUGGUCUGCCGCAUUCCGCCGUAUCGCAACCAACCCGAAUCUCUUUCUGGAGAUCAUCGCAGUCUCGGUCUCUAUCUGCAACAUCGGCCAGUGGUGGGUAC